CGAUAUGCCGGAUUAAUGUCCACGGCGCUACCAAUUCACAUCCGUGUCCGCAGAACUUGUUCUGGCUCAACGGCGAGUAUAAAUGGAGCAGUCUGUCCGUGGACCAGCACCAGUCAACCAACUUCCAACGUUCGUCGAACACCGCCAAAAACAAUCAAAAUCAACAUGAAAUUCCUCAUUUGCUUGGCUCUCUUCGUCGCCGUGGCCCAGGCCCAUCUUGUGGCGCCCGUUGCCACCUACGCCGCCGCUGCACCUGCCGUGACCUAUGCAGCCGCACCUGCCGUCUACUCGGCCGCCGUGCCACGUGCCUACACCACCUACGCAGCCGCUCCCUCCGUGUACUCCGCCUCGUAUGUGUCGCCAUCUGUCUACUCCGCCUAUGCUGCGCCCGCUGUGGUCUCCACCUAUGCGGCGCCCGCUGUGGUCUCCACCCUCCUCAAGAAGUGAAUCAAUCAAGAGAACA